AUGGUCACUAAAAACCCAAUAUUUGCAAAAUGGUCUUUCAAACGCUUUCAAGCGACCGUCAUCAACGACAUCUGGCCUGAGACGCUGUUUUUCUCUCUAGUUGCAUUAAUGGUUACCCUUGUAAACAAGUUUACAGACACGGGCCUGACGGUCAACAACCAAAUGCUAAACGUGCUGGGAACAGUGCUCGGUCUCGUGAUAUCGUUCCGAACGUCUUCCGCUUAUGAGAGAUUUAUGGAAGGCCGAAAACUAUGGACGAAUAUAAACUUAACUUCACGGAAUUUGGGACACCUCAUCUGGAUCCAUGUUCCUAAUGACCGAAAAGUGAAAAAUCCGGAGAAUGCUGCCCAGGAAACCGCAGAACAAGCAAGGUUGAAAUCCGUCAUAGAGAAGAAAUCAAUGAUCAAUUUGCUUGAAGGCUUUUCCGUGGCCGUCAAGCACGCCCUCCGAGGUGAAGCCGGCAUUUACUAUGAGGAUCUCUAUCCCCUGGUCUGCUUUCUCCCAAGAUUUGCAACUAAAGCACCCUUGAUCGAUAUCAAGACCGAUGUCCUGCCGUUGUGGCAAGCCAGCCAGCUCGACGAUCCUAAGAACCAUGCUAGUGCUGAGUCAACCUUGAAGGGACUGUCCCGUACCACUUCGAACCCAAGUGAUAUGAAUGAGAAAGAUGCCGCUAUCAGCAUGGUCCGGGGGAAGAAGUCUCGUAAACGUCAUUCGGACCCUGAACACAUCCUGCCCGUCUUCGACUGCGACAGGCAACUCAAGCCAGCACGGAACCCACCAAAGACGUCGCUUUACGACUUUAUUCCGUUACUUAUAAUUUUCAAGCCCAUUAUUUGGAUCUUCAAGUACAUGUAUCGUAAGGUGCGCCGGGACAAGUAUGCUUCUGCUCGCCCAGAAAAAGAGGGGAUCAGGAACGCGUUCGGUCGCAAACGCAAAGUAGAGAUGGUCGAAUCUAGCGUCCCUCUCGAGAUUACCUUGUUCCUUUCGAGUUAUCUCGCAUGGUUGAUGAAGAAUGAAUACAUUUCAAAUGUAAUGGCUAGUCCCUUCUCCGCUGCAAUCAUUUCGCUUCAAGACACCAUGGCCAACUUGGACCGCAUUAGUUCAACACCAAUUCCAUUUGCCUACCAGGCACACCUGCGGAUAUCGCUAUGGCUCUAUUUGUUCUUCCUUCCGUUUGAAACCUACGACAAUUUUGGAUGGCUUACAAUCGGUGCAACUGCCUUCGCUUCGUUCCUUUUGCUCGGGUUCCUGGAGAUAGGGCAGGAGAUUGAAGAUCCAUUCGGUUAUGACGCUAAUGACCUGGACCUGGACGAAUUCUGCGCUUGCAUUCAUCGGGAACUUGCGGAAAUCACAGCGCACACUUCUCCGGAACCAAACAGUUUCCUAUUUGAGUCAUGGAAUCACCCAUUCGCACCGGGAGACAACCGAAGUGCGAAAGACAUGAUCGAAAACGUCGAGCAUGCGUAUCAUGGACCCGAUACAGGCAUGCUAAGCAUUCGCAGGACGCUCCUCGAUAGCUGGCGUUCCUCCGUCAAAAUGCACAAAAAGUCUUAA